CUAUUUUGGGCUCAUGUUUUACGAAAAUGUUGAGGAGAAGGAUGGAUAAAUCAGCUCACACUGUGUAGGCACCUGCAUGGUGGGUAUUAAGGGUGCCUGACACAUGGGAUGGAGACACAUUGGAGGGAUUCUAUGUGAGGAUACCCAAGGCUCAUGGUGACAGUAAAAGGGAUUACUGUUUGAGACCUAACACUCAAAUCACAGAAAGAAGAAUAGAAGGAUCUGGCUUGAUCCCACAAAAAAGAUAAAAACACAAAUGCGAAAUCGCUCCUGGCUUUUUACAUUUAAUGUAAAAUUUUAUCCAUCUUGUGCUUCUCAGAUGACUGAGAGUAUUUCCAGAUACCUCCUAUGCCUCCAGAUCCGGGCAGACACUGUUUCUGGGCGCCUGCCCUGCCCCCCUGUGACUCGUGCCCUCCUGGAAUCGUACACCAUCCAAGCGGAACAUGGAAACUAUGUGGAUGAUGAGGUCCUCAACAAAAUCAAGCCACAUACUGAUUAUUAUUUUGGGUCCAUUGACACCAAGAAGAUGGAGGACUUGGUGUUGAAUUUCUACAAAGCACAUAUUGGCAUAGCUUCAGCAGAAGCUGAUUAUCAGUUCAUAGAGCACGCCAGGGGACUGCCCAUGUAUGGGGUUCAUCUGCAUGAGGCCAAGAACAUCAAGCUGGGCGUGUCUGGCAAUGGCGUGUUCAUCUAUAAGGAAGAGCUGACGUUCUGUCAUUUUGACUGGGGUAACAUCGCAAAGGUCUCCUGUAAGGGCAGUGAGUUUUUACUCAGACUGAGGCUCGAAGAGAAGAACAAAUUUGAUGGCACCAUUACAUUUCAAAUGCCAAGUCCCCAGGCAGCCAAAAGGUUCUGGAAGGAGUGUGUGGAGCAACAUACCUUUUUCAGUGUGUUGGGCAAGGACCUGGGAAUGGAUUCGACCUCGCUGGAUGACGUUCUGUAUCGCUAUGCUAGUUUCCGGAACCUGGUGGACCGCAUCACUCACGACCUCAUCAUCAGCCUGGCACGCUACAUCCACUGCCCCAAGCUGGAAAGCGAUGCGCUGGGCGCCAUGGAGAAGCUAUGCCGCCAAGGUACAUACCACCUCAGCCCCCACUCCCAGUGGAGGCGACACCGGGGACUGGUGAAGAGGAAGCCACAGGCCUGCCUCAAGGCUGUCCUGGCCAGGAGCCAUCCAGACAACACGGUGGAACUGUCAGGCAUCCCACUGACCUCCCGUGAUCUGGAACGGGUGACCAGCUAUGUGCAGAGCUGUGGGGAGCAAGUGGACAGUGUGCAGCUGGGUUUCACAGGCCUCACGCACGACGUGGUCCUGCAGCUGCUGCCAGCACUCAACACCCUGCCCCGCCUCACCACGCUGGCACUCAACGGCAACCGACUGAUGCGGGCCACUACUGACAUCCUUAAGGACCCCAGCAAGUUCCCCAAUGUCAUGUGGAUCGACCUUGGCAACAAUGUGGACAUCUUCUCUUUGCCCCAGCCCUUUCUGCUCAGCCUACACAAGCGGUCCCCGAAGCAGGGCCACCUACUCACUAUCCUGGAGCUGGGUGAGGGCCCAGGCAGUGGGGAAGAGGCCCAGGAAGGGACAGUGGACCAGGAGGACCCUGGAGGGGGUCCUGUGGCCUUGGCCAAAGACCACCAUGAGGUCAAGGAGACUUUAGCAGCAUUAGCGAUAUGA